AUGACCUCGAACGAGGUCUACGUCCUUCCCCUGAAGGACAACGGAGCUCCGGAUGUGACCGGCGAGUACAUCUACCUGGCGACGAAGGCCCGCGGCCCCAUCACCAUCCGCUUCACCAUCGAGGGCACCUCGUCGAUAUGUCGCCAGGGCAGUCUCUGGGUGAACAUCCCUGACCACGGUGCCGAGUUCCAGAGGAAUUCCUUCAGAGAAUUCAGACUCGUGCCCGACUUCAACCGAACCAUCGAGAUCUCCAUCCCCGUCUACGACGCCGGCGCAUUUGCCUACUAUGUUACGUACGCGGAACUACCAGAACUCUCCGGCGAGCUCGACUCGAAACAGCUGGCGUCAACUGAGAAGAAGAAGUCGCAGCUCUACUACAUCGAUGUGGCGCCCAAAUUGUCGCUCGACGGCAGGCCGCUGCCGCUGCCGGCACUGUCCAUAUUCUCUGUGAUCAGCAAGUUCAUGGGCAAGUAUCCCACCGACUGGGAGCGGCAUCUGCGAGGUAUAAGCGACAGAGGCUACAACAUGAUCCACUUCACACCCCUCCAGGUUCGCGGGGCUUCGAAUUCUCCCUACAGUCUGUACGAUCAGUUAGGCUGGGAUCCCGACUGUUUCCCGAAAGGAGAGCCGGACGUUCAGAAGAUGGUCGAGAGUCUGGAGCAGAACCAUGGGUUGCUGAGUCUUACCGACAUCGUGCUCAACCAUACCGCGGACAACAGCAAAUGGCUUCAGGAGCAUCCCGAGGCCGGAUACAACCUGACCACCGCUCCCUGGCUGGAGUCGGCCUACGUGCUAGACACAAAGCUCCUCGAGUUUGGUGCUCAGCUGCAGGAGCUCGGAUACCCCAACGAAUUCAAAUCGGUGGACGAUCUUGUCAAAGUCAUGGAUGGCAUCAAGAAGCAUGUUGUUGCCGAGAUCCGACUCUGGGAAUACUAUGCGCUGAACGUCGACCGGGAUGUGGACGCAGCAAUCGAAUCCUGGUCAGCUGGCAAGACCUCUGUGCCUGAGGGGUCUGUGGGCGGUGACUUGGGCCAUCUGAAGGAUGCAAGCCAAAAAGACCUGGCUACAUACCUUGUUGAAAACGCACUCCUUCAUGAUGAUCGUCUAGGCGAACGCUUCAGAAGACGAGUCGACCCCGAAGUCUCGGGUGCGCUGAUCGCUACGCUGUUUGGAAAGUAUCGAGGAGAGGCCGACGAGGCGGCGAUUCGCGCAAAACUCGUCGAGAUUCUUGAUACCGCCAACGUACGGUUCUACGACGAGUACGACAAAGAGAUCGGCGAGAUAUUGCAACAACUCUUCAAUCGCAUCAAGUACGUUCGCAUUGACGAACACGGGCCGAAACUGGGUACCGUGAACCAACAGAACCCCCUCAUUGAGUCGUACUUUACUCGACUGCCCCAAAACGACACCACCUCAAAACACAAGAAAGAGGACUUGGUCCUUGUAAACAACGGAUGGGUCUGGGCUGGAAAUGCCUUGGUGGACAACGCCGGCCCACAGUCUCGGGUCUAUCUUCGGCGAGAGGUGAUCGUUUGGGGUGAUUGUGUGAAGCUGCGAUAUGGCAGCGGACCACAAGACAGUCCUUGGUUGUGGGAGUACAUGACCAAGUACGCAAGGAUGUUGGCCAAGUACUUUGCCGGAUUCCGCAUUGACAACUGCCACUCCACUCCCAUUCACGUGGCGGAGCAUAUCCUGGAUGAGGCUCGCCGUGUCAGACCUAAUUUGUACGUCGUGGCCGAACUCUUCACGGGCUCGGAAGACAUGGACUACGUCUUUGUGAAGCGGCUUGGUAUUAGUGCCCUUAUUCGGGAAGCUAUGCAAGCUUGGAGCACCGGCGAGAUGAGUAGGCUUGUCCAUCGACAUGGUGGCCGCCCUAUUGGAAGCUUUGAGGUCGAUGACAUCUCCAAGUCUGCUUCGCAAAAUCCUGGGAGCCCUCCGAUGAGCCCAGGUAGCAACGGUGAAACGACGCGGGAGAUAGUACGACAGAUCAAGCCGGUCCCGAUCCAGGCUCUGUUCAUGGACUGCACGCACGACAAUGAGGUACCGGCCCAGAAGAGGGACGCUCGCGAUACACUGCCAAAUGCCGCCCUGGUAUGCAUGUGCUCCAGCGCCUCUGGAAGCGUGAUGGGCUACGAUGAGAUAUAUCCCGAGCUCGUUGACCUUGUGAAUGAGACCAGACUAUACACAUCGGAGUCAUCAGAGAAAUCAGUCAAAGUCGGUGGCGGAAAGGGAGGCAUUGGUGGCGUCAAGAAACUACUCAACCAGAUUCACACUCUGAUGGGCAAGGAUGGCUACGACGAAACUCACAUUCACCACGAAGAUCAAUACAUCACAGUCCACCGGGUUCAUCCAGAAUCGCGAAAAGGUUACUUCCUGAUCGCCCACACCGCCUAUCCUGGUUAUGGCAACGGCAACGGUGCCUUCAAUGCCGUCCAUCUAACCGGUACUAAAGCUCGGCAUCUAGGAAGCUGGAUGCUCGAGGUUGAUGCCAGUGCCGAGGCCAGGAAGGAGGUCACCGAGGACAAGAAAUACCUCAGAGGGCUGCCCAGCCGUGUGGUAGAUGUUCCAGGUAUUCGCAUGGAGGUGAAGGGCGAUGAAACCGUAAUCACGGUGCGCGACAAGUUCCCGCCCGGCUCGAUCGCGCUUUUCGAGACCUGGAUACCCGCUGCUGAACACUCUGCUGGCUUGGACAACUAUGUCACCUCUGGGGCCAAGACUGCCAUGGCUGAGUUGGACUUGGUCGACCUGAACUUUCUCCUGUAUCGCUGCGAGGCUGAAGAACGUGAUGGCAGCGACGGAAAGGACGGCACAUACGACAUCCCUAGCCAUGGUAAAACGAUUUAUGCAGGUCUUCAGGGCUGGUGGAGCAUAUUGAAGGAUGUGAUCAAGGACAACAACCUUGCUCAUCCUCUCUGCCAGAACCUGCGCGACGGUCAAUGGGCUCUGGACUACACAUUAGGCCGUUUGGAGCGGGCCGGUCAGCAAGGUCCGUUCAAAGCACUGGCGAAGCCUGCAGCGUGGCUUAAAGAGCGUUUCGACGCCAUUCGAAGUAUCCCAAGCUUCCUACUGCCAAGGUAUUUUGCCUUGAUCAUCAGAACCGCUUACAAGGCUGCAUGGGAGAGGGGCCUGGAGCUUAUGAACGAAAACACUCGAAAUGGUCAAUGGUUCCUCCAGAGUCUUUCCAUGGUCAGUAUCCAGCAGACUGGACUCGUCAAGUCGGGCUCCCUCUGGCCCACCAAGUUGGUACCUUCGCUGGCUGCUGGUCUACCGCAUUUCGCUGUUGAGUGGGCUCGUUGCUGGGGUCGUGACGUAUUUAUCUCGCUACGUGGUCUGUACCUUGGUACGGGCCGCUUCGAAGAGGCAGCAGAGCAUAUAUUUGCCUUUGCGAGCGUUUUGAAGCACGGCAUGAUUCCAAAUCUGUUGAGCAGUGGCAAUCUCCCAAGAUACAACAGUAGGGACUCUGUAUGGUUCUUCCUGCAGUGUAUCCAGGACUACACACGCCUGGCUCCAGAUGGCGUUGAUUUCCUAAAGCGCAAGGUCAAGCGUCGAUUCUUGCCCUACGAUGACACCUGGUUCCCUGCCGAUGACCCCCGCGCCUACUCAACGGAGAGCAUUAUCCAGGACGUGAUUCAGGAAGCUCUGCAACGCCAUGCAUCCGGUAUGAAGUUCCGUGAAGCAAAUGCCGGCCCAAGUAUCGAUUCGCAAAUGCGCGACGAGGGAUUCAACAUCGAGAUCAACGUGGACUGGUCCAAUGGUAUUAUUUUCGGAGGUAACCAGUUCAACUGUGGUACCUGGAUGGACAAGAUGGGUGAAAGCGAACGCGCUGGUUCCAAGGGUAUCCCAGGAACGCCCAGAGAUGGUGCGGCUAUCGAGAUUACCGGUCUGCUAUACAGCACUCUAAGGUGGCUCGCCAAACUGAACUCGGACGGUAAAUACCCCUACAAGGGAGUUACUAAGUCCGACAAGACCGACAUCACCUUCACCGAAUGGGCCGAUCUGCUCAAGUCGAGCUUCGAGCACAGCUACUACGUGCCGACCGACAAGUCCGAAGACAGCAAAUAUGCUGUCAACUCUCAGAUUGUCAACCGCAGAGGAAUCUACAAGGAUCUUUUCCGCUCAGGGAAGGAGUACGAGGAUUAUCAGCUCCGCCCGAACUUUGCUAUUGCCAUGACUGUAGCGCCUGACCUCUUUGAGCCGUCACACGCCAUGGGGGCUUUGGUUCUAGCCGAUAAAGUCCUUCGUGGCCCGACAGGAAUGGCAACACUAGACCCGGCCGACCUCAACUAUCGUCCAUACUACAUCAACAGCGAGGACAGCGAUGACUUUUCGACCUCGAAGGGUCGCAACUACCAUCAAGGACCCGAGUGGUUGUGGCCCACUGGUUUCUUCCUCCGUGCUCUGCUCAAGUUCGACCUCAAGCGGCGUCAGGGCAACAAGGAGGGCCAGGUUGAGGCGUUCCAGCAGGUCACUAGGCGUUUGCAAGGUUGCAAGGAGAUGAUCCAGAGCAGCCCUUGGGCCGGUCUACAGGAGCUGACACAGAAGAACGGCGAGUACUGUGGUGACUCGAGCCCGACUCAGGCGUGGAGCGCAGGCUGCUUGAUUGAUCUCUACUUGGAUGCUGCAGAGUUCCAGGCUGCGGAAGCAUAG